AUGUUCCAUUCCCUUUCCACUGAUUCAGCCGCUACCCUGCUGCCCUCGUCCGUGGCCAAAGCCAUGCCCAUGCCCAUGCCCAUGCCCAUGCUGGCGGGUCAGCGACCGUUCGCAGUGCGAAUCCCCCUCGGCCUGCUCGACUGGCCCGCGACGGCGGCAGAGCCAGCGAGCAACAGGAGAGAGAGCCCAGUCAGGAGACGGGCCCGCCCAAGAGCCUCGUGUGCCCCAGCCUGGCGGACGCAGACGGGCGACCACACAGUCAGACACCGUACUGACCAUCUGCCUACACACAGACACACCCACAGACUACGACACACGACAAGACAGACAGGCGACAUGCACAUCGCCGUCGCACCUUCUCCUGGCCUCCUCUGCCUGCUUCUGUGGCUUGCCACUAUACAUGGCGCUAGAAGCCUUCGUCGGCUUAUUGGAAUCGCCCUCCUCUCCCGCCGGCUCGCCAUCGAGUCAGGCUCGCCUGGCAAACUUUUGCCUUGGGCGUGCAUACGACGGACAAGCUCCGCUUCUAGAAAACCACGCCCGUCCACGCCCGUCUUUCACCCAAGACCCGUCCCUGAGAACAGACUCGAUCCCUGA